CAGGAAGCGCGUCUCUUAGAUCGACGUACCAGUUACAGCCCACCCCUGAGACGUAAAACUCUCUCCCAACGUUUCAACGCUCAAGUCUAUCAGUGUUAGCUCGUGGCCAACUUGACCACCCGAGACAUGGCCGACAACCUCGCGAACCCCAAGGUGGCUAUCAUCACUGGCGCCUCGUCCGGCGUUGGACGAGCCACGGCCAUCGCACUUGCCGAAGCAGGCUGGUCGAUCUCUCUCUUCGCCCGUCGCGCAGACAAGCUCCAGGAGACCAAGCAGCUCUGCAAGGAUCCCUCCAAAGUGCUCCUCGUCGAAGGCGACGUCACCAAAGAGGACAACGUCUCGGCGCUCUUCCGUGAGACCGUAAACCACUUUGGUCGCCUGGAUGUGCUCUUCAACAACGCCGGCAUCGGCUCCCCUCAAGUCCCGAUCGAAGACGUGUCGCUCGAGACUUUCCAGAUCGUCCUCAACGUGAACCUCGUCGGGACGUUCCUCUGCACCCGCGAGGCCGUGAAGAUCUUCAAAUCGCAGGUCCCCAAAGGAGGGCGCAUCAUCAACAACGGCUCCAUCUCCGCCUACACCCCGCGCCCGUUCUCGUCGCCCUACACCUCGUCCAAGCACGCCGUGCUCGGCCUCACGAAGUCGACCCUCCUGGACGGCCGCGUGCACAACAUCACAUGCACCCAGAUUGACAUCGGCGGAGCGAAGACGGGCAUGUCGCCUCCCCCACAAGGCACGCUCCAGCCAGACGGCAGCUACUCCCAGGAGGCGACGUUCGACGCGAAGCACGUCGGCGAGGCGAUCGUGCAUGUCGCGAGCCUUCCGCUGGACGUCACCGUGCUCACGUUCAAUAUUAUGGCAACGCGGAUGCCGUUCGUCGGGCGGGGUUGACAGAAGCGAAGGUCGAAGUACCAAGCAGUAUAGCAUACAAUCUGUCUUACAUACCUCACAAGAACUACAACGACUUUAAUGCUGAACGCGCCACAUCGCCGUCUGCCCCUCCGCCUGAGCCACACAGCUCCCCCUAUCCGCCGUCGGCACAUAUCCGUCCCCACAUUUCUCGACGACACACCGGCCCUUCCGGCACCCCACAUCGUCCGCGAACGGGAUCGCGCUGCAGUCCCUGCCCCCGUCCGCCGACGGCUCCCCGAAAGGCGACUCGUUCAGCGCACACCCGCCACAGCUCUCCAGCGCGUUCUGCACGUCGACGCACUCGUAGCCCCGGAGGAAGCCGCGCCCGCCGGACGCCGCGCCGUACAGCGGGCAGCUCCUCGUCCCGCGCGGGCACACGUCGCGCCUCACGUUGCGCCGGCGAGCGGCAGGCGCGUGCGUGGGGCUUCCGCCGGUGUUCGCUGGGGGCCGACGUCAGUCAGGCAGGCCUGAGAGAGAGUCAAUCGAAACCGGGGCUUACGGCAGGUCCCUGCGCUCGACUCGGUGCAGCUCGAGAGGCCCCCGUUGGGCUUGCUGCUGCACUGCGUGCUCGCGGUCGCGCCGGCGAGCGAGGACGCGCCGCUGACUGGGCACUGGGCGCAGUGCGGCUGCGCGGUUUGGUCCUACGGAGCAUUUAUGCGUGAGAACGAACGAAUGCGACAGGGAUCGCCCGGCUCCCGCACGACCUACGUUGUAAAAGCCAGAGCAACUAUUUUCAGAAGGACGUGAGCCAAACGCGCCGCUUCACCAUCGCUCGGAGCCACACCGCACUCACCACAAGCA